ACACACCCAUAUAAGUGGGUUGUUCCCUGCCUAUAAAUACGCAAAAUGCAUGAGCAAUUCCUCAUACACUUUCAGACUUCUUUAAUCAUAAAUCACUCCCACACUUCAUCUAAACAAAGCUUCUUCUAAUCCAUUAAAUUAUAUCUCAUAAUCGUUAUGGCCAAGCAAAGGGUAGUGAUCAAAUUGACUAUGGAGAACCAAAAAUCAAGGUCCAGUGCCAUGAAGGUUGUAAUUGGAGUUUGCGGAGUGGAAAGUGCAGCUAUACGAGGAGAUUACAAGGAUGAAAUAGAGGUAACUGGAGAAAGGAUAGACUCAGUUAAACUCACAAGGCUGCUAAGAAAGAAAUUUUGCUAUGCAGAUUUGGUAAGUGAUAGUGAUCUGGGAAAGAAAGAGGAAAAGAAAGAAGAGGCAAUUGUGGCAUGGCUUAAUUAUGUUCCUCUUAAACUCACAAGGCUGCUAAGAAAGAAAUUUUGCUAUGCAGAUUUAGCAAGUGUUAGUGAUGUGGAAAAGAAAGAGGAGGCAAUUGUGGCAUGGCCUAAUUAUGUUAAUUGUGUUCCUCAUUAUAAUUACCCUGUGUGUGAGAUUAUAAGGAACUCGUAUCAAUACGAGGACCCUUGUAAUUGUUGUGAGAGUUUUUCAUUAGGGAAUAUUGAAAAUUGUGAGACCUUUUCUUUUCUAGCACAAUAUCGUUGUGAGAGACAAACCACAUAUUUAUCUAAAAUCUUAAGAUGAUAGGUGAUUGAGUUCUCUUACUUGUAAAUGCUCAAGUCUCCACAUUAUCAACCAAUGUGAGACUAUUAUCCACACUACCCACACUUGAUACAUUCUCAACAGUAAUUAUUCCAUCC